CCCGAAGACCUUUCCCGUGACGAUACCCAAUAGAUGGAGUGGAAGAAGAGGAUUGGCAGCAUGGCAUCCUACGAAGAGGACCACAAUAUAACCAAGGAAGAGAAACCAAAACAAGCCGCUGCACGGCCAUCUCGCGACGACCCCGCCCUCGCCGCAUUCUUCUCCAAUGACCCGAUCUCGCCAUCUGAAUCAAAUCUACAUUCACUCGCUGACGCACUUCGAAACUAUCAAAUGAACGCAGACGUAUCGUCUCCGCUGCUUAACCAGAUGAUUUCCCUUCUCUCUUCCAACUCCCUUACCUCCGACCCAAAAUCCUCCACCCUCCCCCCCGACUUCCCGGACACCCUCCCCCGCGUCCCAAAAUCCCGCCUCAAGCCCGACGACGCCUGCCCAAUCUGCACCCUUCCCCACCUCUCCGACAAAUACCCCCUCGUCGUCGAGUUACGGUGUAAUCAUCGCUUCGAUCUGGAGUGUAUUGUACCGUGGUUCAGGGUUAGUGAUACGUGUCCGAUGUGUCGGGGGAGGGUUGUUAAGGAGAGGGAGGUGGUGGCUGAGGAUAGUGAGGAGGAGUUCGAUGAUACGUAUGGAUGAACGCGGUGAAGCCGGGAUUAAGAUAGAAGGGAGGGGGGCAAUUGGCAAUAACUCGUCGUUCAUUCUACCGUAGACCGUAGACAAGGGGUGAGGAGCAAAAACGUGUGCGGUACCCAGGAAUCGAACC